CUGUUAUACACUCAGACACAUUACUGGGAGUAUUAUUGCUGUGGAACUCUGUUAUACACUCAGACUCUCCAACAAUAAAGGAGCGACUAGAAAAGAGGGAUUUGGGCCAAACAUAGGGACUGUCCAAAUAAAUAAGGGACACUUGGGAGCUAUGGAAACUGCAUAAAACAUGACAAUAAGAGCUUUGAUGAGCAAUAUGAGCCUGUAUUCAUUUGUUCAUUCCAGCUACUGCUGUACAGCUACAGCGGCCUCUAGCGGUCAGAGACAGCAAGUCAGGAAAAGGUAAAUAACUUAUUGAGUCCUCCAAGGUCCCAUCAUGCCCCGGGCUUGAGGCUCUGUGUACAGGAAGUGCAGCUCCUCCUAUCCAGGCAGACAAUAGAGGAGGGACAGGUAUGUAUGUGUCUGUCUUAUCACCUGCCUGCUUUGGAUACAUUGUAACUUUAUAAUAGAACUCAGAGAGUGAAUGGAACUCAGUGCUGGAGAUACAUUGUGUCUGAUCUUCAUCAUUCCCUCACUAAGGGUGGAGCUCCCCCCCAAACUAUUACUAUAAAAAGUAAUUUUAUAACUAGAUAACUCUGUAUGGGAGACACUAACAUCUGCAAAGUUUGGCUCAAAGAUCAAAAGUAGUUUAACCCCUUAAGGACACAUGACAUGUGUGACAUGCCAUGAUUCCCUUUUAUUCCAGAAGUUUGGUCCUUAAGGGGUUAAAAGUAUCCAGCAGUGUAAAUCCCUCUAAAAUAAUAAAACAAGCCAUAUUUCUUUUAGAGACAAACUCUGGAGAAAAUGUAAAAAUAUAACCACAGAAGAAAUUGUAUUUAGAUCUGUGGUACAAGAAGUUGCUGAAUAUAUUUAAUGUAACCCUUUGUUUAGUAAAGGGUUAAACUUGAGUGUACAUGUCAGACAUUCCAUUUCAGUUUGAUACUUCCUCUUUUAUUUUAUUUCACCAUCUGCUCUCCCAGUUAGCUUUUUAAGGAAAGCCUUGUGACAAUGUAUAUACUGUAGUAUAUUAUUUAAACAUGUUAAAAAAAACAUCAUUGUGAUGAUAGCUGCAUCUUAUCUCCAUGUACUGCUAAGCAGUCUCUCUGCUUCACUCUCACCCCAUAUUCUAUUUUUAUUAUAUUCUUCCUUUUUACCCCUUCCUCUUUUUUUCUUCCUGUGCUUAGUCACUUUUUUUUUUUGGUCCGUGUCACACACAUUCUCUUGUUCUCUAAUUAUUUUGCGGUCUCUCUUCCUUUCUGCUCCCUGGGCUAUUUCUUGUCGUCUUCCGUUUGUUAGGUUUUUUUUUUUUUUAAUAAAUUGUUUGUCUCUUUUUGCGCGUGUCAUCUAUCCUUGUUUCCGUGCUUCUUUCAGAAUCGAACAUGUAUAUGCAGGUGGAGGGUCACACGGGAACCUUAUUGCAUUUAAAGAGGAAUCCCAGCAUCCGAUCAUGGUCCCUGCUUGUUGGUGAGUCAUUUGCCAUCACUAUUUGUAUAAGUAGUCAUUUAAGAGAAUGACAGGAAAGUCCACCGAAUAUUAGAAAUUCUACACAGACCUGGGGUGAUUAGAAGGCAAAUGUCUAGCUGUAUAAUUUCAAAUACCAUGGUACUUUACCAACCUUGAGUAUGGCAAAACAUUAUAGACGUAUUGCCUAAACUGUUGGAAGGAUUAAAGGACCACUAUAGGCACCCAGACCACUUCAGCUUAAUGAAGUGGUCUGGGUGCCUGGUCCAGCUAGGGUUAACCCCCUUUUUUUUUUUUUUUUUUAAUAAACAUAGCAGUUUCAGAGAAACUGCUAUGAGACUGGCUGAAUGCGCGCGCAGCUCCUGCCGCGCAUGCGCAUUCAGCCGAAGAGGAGGAGGCGGAGAGGAGGAGAGCUCUCCGCCCGGCGCUGGAGAAAGGUAAGAUUUUAACCCCUUCCUUUCCCCAGAGCCAGACGGGAGGGGGACCCUGAGGGUGGGGGCACCCUCAGGGCACUAUAGUGCCAGGAAAACGAGUAUGUUUUCCUGACACUAUAGUGGUCCUUUAACUUUUUCCCCUUCCAGCUCCCCAAUUUGAUUUUGACUGAAUUUUUCUUUAACAAAAACCCUGAAUUGUAGUGGAUAGAGAACCAAAUCACAAAAUGUAGGUGAAAUGAACUAAUGGAAAAUUCCCAAAAUCCGCAACAGUCACAGUUUGACUACUACAGCCUAAAUGUUUCAAUUCACUACAAUUCCAUUAUUAAGUAGGCAUUUGAUUCAUUCAUAAUGUUCCUCCAGGAUUUUUUUUAUACAUAUGUAUUUUGAUAUCUCCUUUGGCCCACUGUGGAGUAGUUUACUUGCUUGUGCAUGUCAAUGAGUUAGUGAAGCCAGAUAACCACAUUAUUUAAUUAACCAUUUAAACCUGAUCAUAUUUUUUAAAAUCUGCUCAUUUUUUUUAGGAUCUUAAGUUAUUUUCACGUAAAUUGUAAUUAAAUGAGUUUGGAUUGAAGACUCUUCAAGUUCACCAGAAGCAUUUUUUUUAAAUCUCACAAAGGAGUUUAAUUGUAAAUAUAUAUAUGUAUUUCAUGUAUGCUCCAGUGUACAAUCUGCACGUUGAUUACUGCCGAUGAUGUUAUUGUGUAAUACUUUUUCAUCUUCCUCAUAUUUAACAUGGGAGUGUGAUUAUAGGGUUGGUGGAUCUGGCCUGUAGUAAAGAAACGACAUAAUCACUACAGUGUGUUGUAAUAGCUAUGGUACACAGAGUACCCUGGCACCAUUCCAGGUUAAUCAGUCAAAUAGUUUUCUAAUGGCUUGACAACUUAACUGGGUUCCACCAGGUGCUAGUCACCUCAUCCUCUAAGAGCAGGAAGCUCCUGCAUGGAGUUUCCCUUAGCUCUCCUGGACUGUGUAGGGCUAGCUCAUCGACUGAGAGUGUCAGCUGAUCUCUCUCAGCCAAUCAGCGAAGAGAUCUUCCGUCUCUUAUUGACGAGAUCACGGCACCCAGCAAGUCCCUGCUAAUUAGUCAAACCGUUUGCAAAUAGUUUGCUUACAUUGGGGAGUGCCAGGGCACACCUGGUAUCAUAACCACUAAAGCGCACUGCAGUGAUUAUGGUGCUUGGAGUGUUUCUUUUUUAAUCCUUGAUGUGACAUAAUGUAACCAGUGUAUUUGUAAGGCAAGCUUCAUGCUAUUUGACCAUUUCUUAUUAUUCUUUUUUUGUUUGUUUGUUUUUUUGUCCAUUCACAUGCAAAAAGUAUUUAUUGAAAAAUAAAGAUAAAAGAUACUUUUUAAAUUCUUUUUUUGGUGCCAUUUCCCACACCUUGCACUGUCGACCUCAGCAUUGCUUAUUCCAAAAGGCAAUCACCGACCAACGAUCCACACACACACAAUCUCUCACAAAUGAUUUUGCUUUAUUUUAAUUUAAGUCCAACCGGCCUCCCUACCUCUGAGAGAACUGGAGUGGAUCCUUUCCCUGAGGUCCAGCUUGGCUGCUGUGAUCCUGUAUCUUCAAACUCUUCUUGCUCUGCUCCCUCGCAUCGUUUAGUGAUGCCGGUGCCGGAGUAACGCCAUAUCCCGGCUAGUGGUAUUACAGCAGGAAGAUGACAACUCGCCGCCGCCUCAAUUACUCACAGCCUCCUGUUUAAGGUGGCUGAACGGACUGACAAACAUCCAGGAGCCAGGACACGAGCCCCGACAUGGGCCAGAAGCCAUAAAAGGCAUGACAGUUGUGUUGGUGCUUGGGAAAACAAAUUCCUGAAAGCCAGAUGCACAGCAUCAUGAAAGUAGUCCACAGCAAAGUAUUUGUGUCCCUGAUUUAAACGAACGAGUGUGCUGGUUCUUCAUAUUUUUAAAAAAUAAUAUAUAAAUAUAUAUUUUUUGGCAGGAAUAUCUUCUGUUGGUUUGGCUGCAGCAUAUUACAGUACAGGUAUGUUUUCUUCCUUUUUCCUUCUAGGCAUUUUUUUCAGAUUAUUUUCCAGUUCAGGGAAAAGCAUCGAUUGAAAUCCAUUUAAAGUAUUAAAUGAAUUAGGGGCCUCCUAAAUGUUUUAAGAAAUUGCCGAUUCAGACUACUUUUAUUGGGUUACUUAGAAAAUUGACACUGAUCUGCUUUAAAAAAAAAAUAAAAAUAAAAAAAAAAAAGGACUUGAGUCAGUAGGUGUCAUAACCCAUGGAAUCCAACCAAGUUUUAGUAUGUGUUAUUGAAAUAUACCAAGAAUGAAAAGAUUUCCUAAAAUAAAGGUGGAGUUGCUGCAGAAAAGGAAAGUAUUCGUUUUCAGAAUGAAUUUACAUUGUGUUAAUGAACAGAGUUGUGAAAACGACGUAGCUCAUAUUUCGUAUUUCCCUGUAUCUCCCAGAAGUAGACAUGAGCCGCUGCAAAUUAGAUAGUACGACAGUGCUCAUUAACACUGAGGGAUGGGGAAGUGAGCCCUUUAGUAGAAAACCAAGGAUAAUCUAGAAAAUGGAAGUGGGACCAAAAAAAUGAAUAAAAUAAGGAAAGAAAAAGUGAGAAAUUCCAUAAUGCAAUAUAUACACAUCCACUAGUAAUAGCAAACAAUAAGCUUUCAAAAAAGCCCAGAGGGACUGGCCUUCUGCCUUUUUUGUGAUAUAUUUUAUUUUAACUUGGGCUUUGCCCAGAAAACAAAGUAGCCCCCAUCUAAUAGUCUUAUAUUUUUGAUUGCUUUGAAAUUUCAGUGACAUUCUAACGCAGUCACCUUGAGUUUUUCAUAAAGAUGUUAUGUUUUUAUAAAUUAUUGAAAUAGUGACAGAGCCACUUGAAACCAACAAUAGCCAAAUAUCCCAUUAUACAUAUAUAUGCAUGAUAAUUUCAGCUCUGGAUGAGUGGAAUUGUUGGGCGUCCUCUGGCUAUCAACUACUGUUUAACACUCCAUUAUGGAAGUGUUGAGGGACCAGAUAUUGACUGUUGUUACUGUUCCCAGAGAACUCUUGUUUAACCCCUUAAGGACACAUGACAUGUGUGCCAUGUCAUGAUUCCCUUUUAUUCCAGAAGUUUGGUCCUUAAGCGGUUAAGGAACAAAUAUUUGCUUUAUGGCAUCUGAAUAGUGGAUGACUGUUGUGGGGAUUGUGGUCCCUGUUGGCGAUCCCUGAUCCCUGAGAAUGUUUAGAUUUUCUUUCGUGUUUUGAAAGGACUACAAUCCAGGUGCAGUUAGUGCAGACAAAGUCUUAAUAUGAUGACAGCUAGUAUAUAUAACGUUCCCGUGGUGUCCCUGCUAGCAGAUUUCAUUCCUUACGUGAGGUAGGGACAGAAAAACACACAUUAGAAGCAACAGAAAUAAAUAUGGCAACAGAAAUAAAUAUGCAUACAACGUAGUGUUGUCCAGCUGUCCAGCCUGCUUUAUCCUGAAUGUAAUAACUGACCAAACCUUAAAUCUUGAAAAUAAAUAAUUUGAUUACCUUUUAAACGGUCCUAUAAAAUGGUUAUAGUAAUGAUAAUGGGGGAUUUGAGCAUGUAUCUUCAGAAUAAUUUUAUAUUUUAUCAAUUUUAAUAUUUUUUUUAUUCCCCUUUCUUCUACCAGACACAUGGGCUUGGAAGAUGUUCUAUAUAGCUGGAUGUAUAUUUGUGGCUAUUCAAAACAUGGAAGAUUGGGAGGUGGGUUUUUCUUACAUCAUUCUGCAUUUCGUAAUAUCUUUAAGUCAUGUACGAUGUAGGGCAAGAAGUUACGUGGCACUACGUCUGUUACUGUAAAAGCAUUUCAGAAUGUUAUUCCUUUUCAAUUAGUAUGAAGUAAUACUGUAAAACCUAUAAUAUGAUUUUCUAUGCAAACAUAUUUUUAAAAAAUCCCAUGAGGAAGGGGGAAGCUUGAUUCAUUAGCAGAUGGAGUUAUAUAGAACAGCACUGACAGAUUCGCUCAUGGGGAUUCAUUAACGGAUGCUGGGUCUUUUCAACUUACGUAAGAAACUUCAUUUUAACCCUCUAUUGAAUAUAAAACUAUAGACACCUCUCUCCUUGCACAUGCACACUGCUGUAACCAUAGACAUGUAGUGGAGAGCAGUAUGUUUCCCCUGAUUUAAGUUAGGGUUAAUGUUUCCCUUUAGACAUCUCCUGCUUCAUUUUAAAAGUGGGUGACAAGGGGGACGAGCUACAUUGCCAGUUGGUUUUGCAAUAUAUUUGUAAUUUUUGAAUGACUACAUGGCCCAUUCACUUUCUUUCUGCUCCAUUCUCAAGUGUUCCUUUGAUAGAACUCUAAGCUUCACUGUAUUUGAUGACAACGGAAUGCUAACUAAAAUUAAGCCCAAUGGGUUUACGAUAUUUUCAAAUGCAUUUCAUUUCUACUGUGAGAUCUAUCUGAAAAUAGAUUAAUUAGUGACCAAGUAUCAGUCAUGUUUGCAUAUUAGAAGGGAAGGAUAAGGUACCAUAGAACAUCUUUAGGUGUACAUUUUUGAAUAGGGUAUCAUUAUAGGGUCCGAGGGAUUUUUGGUAACAUUAAAUUUACUUGGGAUGAGUUGCAUUGAGUUAGUGUUGAAAUUUCCCUGAUCUAUAUCAGGGGAAUUAGACCUCUGAAAUGAAGAUUUUGUUGUGAAUUGCCAAAAAUGUCAAGUUAUAUGGAGAUUAUUAGAAUACACCCCUUUAAUGAAUAGGCCCCUGUAUUUUUAAUGGUGUAGUAUACAGAGCAACUGUGGCCGGACAUUGAAUUUAACUAUGCUGUCUGAUCUGCACCUUUACUGCAUUGAGGGUAUUUUCCAUUGGUUUGCUAGGGAUCUGUAAAUAUUGGGAGAAGCAAUAUUCUCCUUUUUUUUUUUUUUGUGGGGUCAGGUACAGUGUUUUAGGGAAAUCAAAGACCAAUCCACCCGCAGUCUGGGUUAUAGCUUCCCCAUUGCCGUGCCCUGAGGACUAGAAGAUGGAUAACAUUGCUUUAUGGUAGGGAGCUGAAAAGUGAAUUUUAUUAUUAUUAUUAUUAUUAUUAUGUUAGCUUUAUAUUUCCAAUCAUAUUUUCACAAACCUCACUGUCCUCUCUCUGUCGCAUCCUCAUUUGCCUACUAUUAAAUUGUGUAAAAAAAAACUUUUAAAAUACAAUGUUGCUAGAAACUUACAUUUAACACAAGCUAUUAUCUGACGGUAUAUUGUGCUCUCAACAGGAAGCAUUAUUUGAUAAAAAGUCGGGAAAGGCUAUUCUGAAAACAUUCAACUUAUAUAAAAAAUUGCUAACCUUAUGCAGAGGAGGCCAGGAGCAAGGUAAAAAUUGAGAAUUUAUUUAUGUAAUAUUCUAAUAUUGAUGCAAUAUUUUUAUUAGUUUAAACACUUCAGGUACCAUAAUCACUAUAGCCUGCUGGUCAGUCCCUGAUGCCUUCCCAGAGUGAGCAGUCAAACUGUUUUAACAGGCACUGCACCACCCAAAUAAAUUAAAAGCACUGUUUAGUACAUAUACUCCCAUUAAAACACAUACAAUCAUUUAUAUAUAUUUUCAUAGUAUAUCUAGAAACAGCUUGCAAACAUGUUAGAUCUCUUGUCUGCAGCCUACUUAGUCUAGUGUUGCUUCAGGGUACUCCUGGCAGCAAUCUACAACCGGCUGUAGUAGUUAUGGUGCUUAACCCGUUAAGGACCAAACUUCUGGAAUAAAAGGGAAUCAUGACAUGGCACACAUGUCAUGUGUCCUUAAGGGGUUAAGUGUUCUUUUAACAGGGGGUUGCAAUUACCAGGAAAAAAGGAGGCUCCGUAUGGGACAUGGAAUUGUUACAUCUAGAAGCUAGACUUGCUGUUUAGGUGUGUAUUUUCUCGUUUAAUUCUAGUUGUUGUGAAACUAAAUGAGAUCCGAGACGUCAAUGUUGAGGAAGAAAAAGUCCGAUACUUUGGCAAGGGAUAUGUGAUUGUCCUCCGCUUUUUGACUGGAAUUUCACAUCCUCUAACACAGAGCGCUGUACUUGGAUCUAGAGGGUAAGAGAUCCACAUUAUGAUAAAGGUGAUACAAUGUUCAUCAUCAGUGCAGCUCUGCUAAUUCUUCAAUCUGUUAUCUCUUUCAGUGAUGUUGAAGCUGUGGCCAAACUACUGACAAAUUUCCUUGAAUUGGACAUGGCUGUGCUGAAAACCUUAGCUGAGCAAGAGAGCAGUGAUAGUGAGGUGGAAGACCUAGCCAAAGAAGAAUAGUAUUGACCCAGAGUGAGUGGGAUGCCAGUCCAUCAACCACAUGGGCUUGCAGCCCAAGGCAUACCUAUUUUUUUAAAUUUAUUUUUAAAAACAACACAAACCAGUACUGCUACUGGUAUAUCCUGAUGUCAACCUAGUCAGACAUAUGUAUGUCGUCAAGAAGCACACUAGUGCUAUCCGUCCUGUGAUAUCAUAGACACAAUACUUUUCUCUGUUUGACCCUUUUGUGUUGAUUUUCUUUGGAUCCCACUGACCUUUUCCCAUUCUCAGGUCGAAACCACCAUUUGCUCAUAGUCCAAAGAAUACCCCUUUAUUAAGAUGCACAUUAUUUUUUCCCCUGUGGUUAAAGACCGAUCAAGCUUCAAAGUGCCUUAGUGGUUUCCAUGAUUUACAUUUUUGGUACAACUGAUUUUUGUUUUUUAGGAAUUCAUUGGGUUUAUUACCGUGUAAAAAGAUUUUUGGGAAGAAAAGAAAAUCAGAACACUUGCUUGAUCUGUGAAAACAAGAGCUGAUUAUAGAGGACGAGAUUGGCAUCAAUGCUGCACCCCUUAUGGAUUGGUUGUACCCAUCCAACUGCUUUAAAAAACAAAAAAAACAACAGGUGAAGGUAUCUCAAUAGACUUCCACUAACCAAAUAGGUCAUAAAGAAUGGCCACUAUUUAAGACCAAUGCAGGAAACUGCACCAUGCAUUGUAUCUUUACUUGAUUAUUAUGAGACUUAUUACUUGAUUGGGAGUAAGCUCUCAAAGGUACUUGAACCUUAUGUAUUGCUUAUAUGCACAGUACUUAUAUUAUACUCACAGGUACUGGAGAUAGAAUUAUAGAAAUGUUCAUACCAUUUUGCAAUGUAAAAACGGUAUUUGGGGUGAAUCCAUUGUUUAGUAAAAUUUGGGAGAUCAGUCAUGCAUUUGUUACCCCCUUAUCGUUAAAAGGUGCAUACACUCCUUGACUACAUUUUGUAUGUCUGUGUUUUUUUUACUUUAUUUAUUAAGCCCAAGUAUACUGUAGGAUGUAUAUUUGUUUUAGAGCUUUCAUUCCAAAAUACUGCAUUUUCUUUGGGAUCAAGUACGUCAUAAAAUGUUAACAUUCCUAAGAAGGUCCCAGAAAUUCCCCCGUCACUGUGACUUGCCGGUCGUAAUCUGGGUGAACUUUGACUGAGACGAACAGAGGCUUUAUUUUCUGUGUAUGUUUUGAUCAACAGAGUUUAUUAAGUAAACCGUGAGUUAGAAACAGAAUUGCAAAAUUAAGACCAAACUAGAUGUGCUGUGAUUCCGGUUGGAGAAUUUUUCCAUAUCUAUUUUGGUUUACCUAUUUCAAUUUGAUUUAUUAGUUAACUAAAGUGUUGGUGUUUUGGGAAUAAAUCCCUUUAGGUACUCCACCAGUCUUGACAUAAUGCCAGAUCACCUUUCCCUCACUCGUGUUUUAAAGGGCAAUUAUCUAGAAUUAGCCUUGCACAAAUACAAUGUGCAUCAUUAUCAUAUGUUCACAGAUCUGCCACUUAAGGACUUACUGUAUCUGUGGAACAUUAAGUACACCAUGGUACUGAGUAUUAGAAUGGAUUUGUUAUGUAUAUAUAAAGUAAUGCAGCAAAAUAAAGACUUAGUGUGUUUAUUUAACAUAGUGAUGAUGCUAAAAACAAAGUCGGUAGCUACUUCUGAGACACACUGCUUUUUAUAACUGCUUUCUGCAAUUAUAUUCUUUUAAACCAAAAAUCUAACGAAUUGUCAAAGUAAUUAAUUAUCCUCUACAAGGGUAACAAAAUGCACAUGUUCUUUCUAAUAAAGUGAAUUUCACUUGAUGAGCAGCCAAAUAGGAAUUUUCAAUGGAUGCUCAAUCAAAAAGCUCUGGGGUAGAUCCCUAAUUGCAUCUGUGCUGAAAUGGGCAGCUGCAAUCUUUAAAAAAAGAAAUAAAAACACAGCACUUCUAACCGUAGAUUUAUUAUCCGGUUAAAAUUUCACCAGAAAUGAGAAACGUUAAUCAUUAAUUCGAAGAUGCAUUUUUAGAUUACAAAAUACCGAAACUCUGUAUGACGGCGAUUUCCGUUUACUUACCGAGAAUUAUGGAAGUUGUAGUCCAACAACAUUAUUAGACGCAGUGCAUAUUUACUGUAUGCAGUUUGGCUUCUUUGCCAGCAAUAUGUCUUGCAGUAUACGGACAUGGCAGGUAUUCUCUUAAAGGGGAAUUGCCACUUUCUGUUUUUAGUAUUAUGUCUCUAAUCUAUUCCUGUAUUUAACAACAAAUUAGUAGUUGUGAGGUGUGCAAAAUAAAAUUUAAUGUAGAAAUCCACACCUUUUUCCUGCAACUGGACACCUUCAUCUCCCUGCCAUUGGUUCAGAGUCUGUGCUUUGCACCUGGCAAUCAGUCAGGAAAAAAAAAUAAAGUUUCUGUUUGUUCUUACUUGCAAUGUUUAUCCUAGCUUUGCUUUGUUUAACCUGCUUUAUUAUAUCAUUUGGUAAAUCCUCUAUUUAAAUUUUAAAGACAAUUGGACAUCUAAUGAAGAAAACUUUAACAAAAGUUGUAGGUGAUUUGCAAUGUUUUAUUGAAAGGUGUACCGUCCAGAUGUGACAGUUCCCUUUUUAAAGAUGCAUUUAUAAAAAACAAAAAAAACUUUUCCUUUCCCCCUUCUUUAAAUAAAUACAUGGUCUUGUACUGUCCAAACUUCAAUCAGCAUAUUAUUUUUUUCUACUAUGUACUUUUGUAUUUAUAAUAUGCUUUUAACAAAGCUUUGUUACUUCUAUUGCAAACAAUACACACCCCAGGUGUAGUUGCAACUGGUUUUAUACAGUGAAUAAAGUAUUAUACAAUGAUUAAUUCUGGCUUUUUUUUCUUCUGGUCUAUGCCUCAAACAUCUGUACAGAUAGCGUUCAAAUGAUUUACAGCCAUCUCCUGCCAUGUAAUGUUCAGAUGCUCUGUUUUUCUAACGAUAGUCCAUGUGUAAGGUGGAAGACCUUUGCAGAUCACAUGUAACUACUGACUCACUCUUGGCUUUGUAAAUGGGACAGAAUUUGCCACCUGCUCUGCAGCAGGUACAUUUCACAGUUAAGUAAAAUCUUUAGACAUUAACUCAGGAACGUAAUAACUAGCAACUCUAACUGCUUGGAGAUGAGAGCUUUCUCAAAUGCAAAAAGCGCAUCCAGUAUAAUUAAAAUAGAUAGAUAUAUCUAUAUCUAUCUAUCAGAAAUGACCGCACUCCAAGGACUUUAUAGAGAUUUUCAAAUAAAAUGUAACUUUUAUUCAAUCCAUUUAAAAAGUCAACAUUUCAGCUCCCACAUGGAGUCCUUGGAGUGCGGUCAUUUCUGCUAUGUCUACAUGAUCCUUGCCAGACCAGCACCAGGCACCACAGGAUUACACCAGGAGUGCAAGCCCUCGUUUAUAUAUAUAUAUAUAUAUAUAUAUAUAUAUAUAUAUA